AUGGCAAUGGGUUCUAAUUACUUAGUCGACGCAGCAGCUUUGAAGGAAACAUUUCGGAGGAGCCCUUUCAAAUUUGCCAACACAAAGGUUCCUCACGGUGGCUUAGGCGACAGUUGUUCUCCUAUAAAAGAAGAACCUGAAGAAGAAGUUCCAACUGAUCCCUUAAACAUCCAGAUUCCGUUCAUCGAAUCAGCUCUCUCCGCAUCUAGGCUUCACGGGAAGGUUACGAAUGUAUACUAUGAGUACAUACAAUUAAGUCAAGGAAUAAGCCAAGGUCGUUUAGAAUCCGUCAAGGACUUCUUGAACCGUCGUCCGGACGCAGUAGACGAAUGGAUAAACCUCUACGAGACGCCAUUGCUGAAAGCUUGCGCAUGUGGGAAACCAGAGAUUGUCAAAGAGCUUCUCCGUCGUAUGACACCUGAACAAAUGCUUCCCAAGAUGAGCCAGAACGCUUCCUACCACACACCUCUCACCGUCGUUGCGGUUAGUGGUAACAUGGAGAUCGCUGAAGCCUUGGUCGCCAAGAACCCUAAGCUGCUAGAGAUUCCUGGAAUCAACGGACAGAUUCCAGUUGUGGUUGCGGUUGAGAACACGCAGAUGGAGAUGGCUCGGUAUCUUUACACUAGAACUCCGGUUCAGGUGUUGCUUGAUGACGAUGGGUAUCAUGGUUCCUUGCUCUUUCUCAAUGCCAUCUUCUAUAAAAUGCUCGACAUAGCUUUGGAUCUGUUCGGAAUGUGCAGACGCUUGGCUGUGACAAAACACUUGCAGAUAGAGUCAAUUCCAAUCAUCGUCUUGGCUUCAAAGCCUGAUCUUUUUCCUUGUGGCUGCCAUCUCGGACCAUUGGAACGCUUUAUCUACUCUUGGAUACAAGUAAAGAUGCCGACUCUUCCGGAGGCUUCACGUUCAAACAAAGAUCAUCAGAAUACUCUGAUGGGGAAACUGCUCAAAGUUCUCUCCAAAUGGACCGGAAUAGAUGAAGUGUAUCGAAUGAAGGUGAUGCACCAACAAGCCAAGAAGCUUCUACUCGGAAUAUCAGAGGAAACUAUAGCCAUGGGACUGAAGGAACGUUCUGAGACGGUCGACGAGGCUUUACUCUUUGCAGUAAGAUUUGGGAAUGUGGACUUCUUGGUGGAGAUGAUCAAGAACAACUCCGAGCUUCUGUGGUCGACGAGGACGAGCUCGAGUAGUACUCUGUUUCUCUUGGCCGUUGAAUUCAGACAAGAGAAGGUGUUUAGUCUCCUCUACGGUCUUGACGACAGGAAAUAUCUUUUGCUCGCUGACAAGGACUGUGACGGAAACGGUGUGCUCCAUCUCGCCGGCUUUCCUUCUCCUCCUUCUAAGCUCUCUACAGUCGUCGGCGCAACUUUGCAGAUGCAGCGCGAGUUGCAAUGGUUCAAGGAAGUGGAGAGAAUCGCGCCGGAGAUUGAGAAGGAGAGAGUCAACACUGAAGAGCAAACGCCGAUCGAGAUAUUCACAAAGGAGCACCAAGCAUUGCGACAAGAGGCAGAGAAGUGGAUGAAAGACACGGCCAUGUCUUGCAGCUUAGUCGCGGCUCUCAUCGUGACUGUUACUUUCGCGGCGGUGUUUACCGUUCCCGGCGGCACGAAUGAAAAUAAGAAAGGUGAACCCUUUCACCUAAAAGACCGGCGCUUCAUCACAUUCAUCGUCUCCGAUUUGAUCUCAUGCUUCGCCUCCUGCACCUCUGUUCUCAUAUUCCUCGGGAUACUCACGGCGAGGUACUCCUUCGACGAUUUCUUGGUAUCGCUGCCAACGAAGAUGAUCGCCGGACUUUCGAUACUGUUCGUUUCGAUCGCGGCGAUGCUGGUUGCAUUCUCGUCGGCGCUGUUCACGAUGAUGCAGAACGAGAAAUGGAUCGUAGCUCCGACGAUCCUUCUAGCUUGUUCCCCGGCGCUGCUGUUUGUUCUUCUUCAGUAUCCUCUUCUCAAGGAGAUGAUCUUCUCAACUUACGGCAAAGGAAUCUUCGACAGAAAUAUGAAAUGUUGGUCCUAA